AUGGCUUUGCUGCAUCAAUUGACGUCCUGGCUCAUGGGACGCAAGUUCUUGACAGCUUCUGGGUCUCGGACAAUGGCCAAACGUCAAUUAGCCAUCAAGCCUUCCAUUUCAGAACUCGAAUCAGAAAAUGUCUGCCUUCAAGACAUCUUGAAGGCCCGAGCAAUAUCGAAUAGAGGCGCAGUCAUCUGCUACUUUACGGGAGACACCACAACAGCCAAAGCGUUCUCUUAUCUUGAGCUGUAUACCGAGGCCAGUCAGUACAGUCGCAUUAUUCGAAACCUUCCUGGUUUCCAAGAUGGAAAGCCAGUGGUACUGCACUUGGAUGAACAAUGGGAUGCAAUCGUCUGGUUUUGGGCCGUCUUGCUCGCCAACGGCUUGCCCGUGCUCUCCCCUCCCUUGAGUCACAUCGAUGAUCAUCGACAUAGGCAUAUCCGGGGACUAUCAGAUCUGCUCCAGUCACCCAUAUGCAUCACACGAAACAAACUAUCAAAUUUAUUCGACGGGGCCAAACAUUUGCUGCAGUUACACACCAUUGAAGCGCUGUGUUGUGACACAGCAUGGACGCAGCAGCAUGGAUCGACAACCAUGACUGCUUCAGCAACUCAAUCUGUACAACGGUCUAGUUGCUUGAAGUAUCAAGGCGGCCAAGGUCUCGCCAUGCUCAUGUUAACAUCGGGAAGCACUGGCAACGCCAAGGCAGUGUGCCUGAGUCACAAACAAGUCCUUGCGGCCAUUUCCGGCAAAGCAGCCGUCCGACCACUUCCUACAGACGGAUCAUUUCUGAACUGGAUCGGGCUUGACCAUGUGGCCAGUUUGGUUGAGAUCCAUCUGCAAGCCCUGUGGCUGGGUGUUGACCAGGUCCACGUGAAUGCGGCCGAUGUCGUCUCCUGUCCGCAGGUCUUUUUGGACCUCUUGACGCGGCAUCGCAUCUGUCGAACUUUUGCCCCGAAUUUCUUCCUCGCCCGGUUAGUCUCCGUGACCGAACAGGAGUCUGAUAUCGAGCAAAAAGACACUCCAUGGGAUCUGUCAAACCUCAAAGUUGUCGCCUCUGGUGGUGAAUCCAAUGAUAUGCAAACAUGCUUGGCAGCAUCUUCCUUGUUUCGCAAAUACGGUGCCAGCCAUAAUGUCAUUACGCCGGGAUUUGGAAUGACGGAGACAUGUGCUGGAUCAAUCUUCAACCUCUCGUGUCCUGACUACGAUAUCACGCAAGGCUAUGCCUCAGCCUCACUAGGCAAGUGUAUGAGAGGUAUUGAAAUGCGGGUCAUGGUUGGCUCUAGAUUGGCGACUACGGACGAGAUUGGGGAUUUGGAAGUACGGGGUGAUGUGGUUUUCAACGGCUAUUAUCGAAAUGCUGAGGCUACCGCGGAGGCCUUUCCGUGGAAGAAUGAAUGGUUUCGAACCGGCGAUGAAGGCUGCAUCGACCCUACUGGCAAUUUGCGUCUUUUCGGCCGGAAGAAGGAAGUCAUCAACAUCAACGGAAUCAAGGUUGUCAUAGCUGAUAUCGGCUCCCUACUAGACAAGGCUUUGGGCAACAAGACAAGCCGGCUCGUGGUGUUUCCAUCCCGGGCUGUGCAUACUGAGCAGAUCACCAUUGCCUACGUUCCGAGAGAUUGGCCCCAAAGGUCCGAUGAAAUGGCUGAAAUUGACGAAUUGGCAAUCCAAACCUGCCUCGCCGGUUUUUACGCUCGCCCUUUGGUCUUUUCCAUCAGUCAGGCAUCGUUGCCGCUACUGCCUCUGUCGUCCCUGGGCAAGGUAUCCCGGUCCAAAAUGACCUCAUUAUUUGAGGACGGUGUCUUUGACGAGGACGUGGCAAUUUACAGACAAAAACUUGCUGCACACAAAAAGGAUAAAAACGAAGACAUGGCUGCCACUGAAUCGGAACUACUGCUGCUGGAUGACUUUGCCAAGGUUCUCGGCGUCGACCUCAACACUAUAGGUCCGGAAACAAGACUUUACGAUGUGGGCUUCACUUCGAUGGACUUGAUCCGUUUGAAGCGUCGCAUAGACACUCGUCUGGGGAUGACCGUCCCCGUCAUCACACUCAUGAAGAAUCCGACGGCACGGUCGCUGGCGAGAGCUCUAGAUUCGGAGCCCUGCCUUGACAACUGGUCGGAAAAGCUAAACCAAUCGACGACAGAUUACGAUCCUGUAGUGAUACUCAAACCCAGUGGUACAAAGACACCCCUUUGGCUUAUCCACCCUGGGGUAGGAGAAGUUCUGGUUUUCGUCGGUCUCGCACAGCAUCUUGCCGACGAUGAUCGUCCCAUCUACGCUCUACGUGCCAGAGGUUUUGAGCCUGGUCAGGGACGAUUUUCUUCCAUUGAUGAGACGGUCGACACCUAUGUUGAAGCAAUCCGACAAAAACAACCACAAGGUCCAUAUGCAUUGGCCGGAUACAGCUACGGCGCGAUGCUCGCGUUCGAGACGGCCAAAAGAAUACAAGCAGGGACCGGCGGUACGGCAGACAGCUUGGUGCGGUUUCUUGGUAGCUUCAACUUGCCACCACAUAUCAAGUCGCGCAUGCGGCAACUUAGCUGGAACAUGUGCCUCUUACACCUGACUCAGUUUCUCGGUCUGACAACGGAGGAAGAUGUGGAGGACAUGGCCAGGGACCCUGGAUUCUCUACUGCAGCCAGGGAAGACUCGCUAGCACAGGUCCUCGGGGCGUCGGAUCGACAUCGUAUGGAUGACCUGGGAUUGGGAGAUGCGGCUCUCGCGCGGUGGGCAGAUGUCGCUUAUGGGUUGCAGAGCAUGGCAAGGGAGUACGAGCCAAGCGGGCGGGUGGACGGGAUUGACGUAUUCCACGCCAUUCCACUAAAACGGGCGGCUGCAUCAAGAGAGGAGUGGGUAGAUGUGCAUCUAAGCAGGUGGAAGAACUUCUCCAGGACUGAGCCAAGGAUGCAUGCCGUUGGGGGCGCACAUUACACCAUGAUUGCGCCCGAUCAUGUUGUGGGGUUCGCCGCGAAGCUCAAGGAGGCUCUGAGGGCUCGAGGCAUCUAG